AUGAAUGGUAACAUGCUGAUCUUUGCUCUACUGUGUUGGCUCUUUUGCUGGACGCUGCCUGUCGAGUCCAAGAAGAUCACUUUUAUCGUCAAUCUACCAGAGGCAAAGUCGGGCAUUCGAAUGAGCAUGGUACAAGAUGCUGUUGAUGAUAUGUACUUGGGCUGCCACAACAAAAUGAUGGAAAUGAUCAAGAGCAAAUACUUUAAAAAAGAGAAUAAGAUGAGCCAAUUUAACAAGGCCUGGGAAAAAGCAAAAAAUUGUGCCAACAAGAAACUAAAACAUAAAGAUAAAGGUGAUGAGGCUCUAACUAAAGAUCACAUGCAAGCGAUCUGUGUUUAUACAUCUGAAAAUCCUAAAAUUUACGGGAUUUUCAAUGAUGCUGUCCGCACCAAAAGAACAAUGUAUGGCACCUCGUUCCCAUUUCACUCUUUACAUUUCUGGCUGACAUCUGCUGUACAGAUCCUCAGUAAUAAUAUGAAAUGUAACACUACUUACCGCAGAACCAAGUCUGAGUUUAGUGGUGAUGUCAACCAAAUAAUUCGGUUUGGUUUCUUUGCCUCCAGCUCUUACAAGACAACAUUGACCCACUUUGGUAGAAAAACCUGCUUUAAAAUUAAGACCUGUUCAGGCGCUUUCCUGAAACAUUAUGCAUCUCUUGGAGACCAUGAGCAAGAGGUACUUAUCCCCCCCUAUGAGAAGUUCAACAUAACUGGUAAAACGAGCGGUCUAUUUGUCGAAGGUCUGAGUGAUUGUGAGAAUGUCUAUAUUUUGGUGAGCGCAGGAGUUGACAGCAAUCUGAACUGCAAAGCUGCCUACUUAUGA